UCGUGCCAUGCGCGCACUCCUCGCCAGAGCCCAGCCAUCCCUCCUUCUCCGCCUCCGGCCAACCUCGUCCCACCCCGCGCGUACUGCUCUCCCGGCCACCAGGUCGCUAGCUUGCUUGUCGACACCACCACCAGCAGCAGCGGCGAGUCGCCGGAGCGGUACGAGAGCCAUGGCGUCGUCGCAGCAGUUCCCGCCGCAGAAGCAGGACUCGCAGCCGGGGAAGGAGCACGCCAUGGACCCGCGCCCCGAGUCCCUCAUCAAGCACUACAAGCCGGCCAACAAGCUCCAGGGGAAGGUGGCGCUGGUGACCGGCGGCGACUCGGGGAUCGGGCGGGCGGUGUGCCUUUGCUACGCGCUGGAGGGCGCCUCGGUGGCCUUCACCUACGUCAAGGGCCACGAGGACAAGGACGCCGAGGAGACCCUCAACGCGCUCCGCGACAUCAAGAAAUCCCACGGCCACAACAACAACGCCGGCGACCCGAUCGCCAUCCCCGCCGACCUCGGCUACGAGGAGAACUGCCGCAAGGUGGUGGAGCAGGUGGCCAAGGCGCACGGCGGCCGGAUCGACAUCCUCGUCAACAACGCCGCCGAGCAGUACGUGCGCCCUUCGCUCGCCGACAUCGGCGAGCAGGACCUGGAUCGCGUCUUCCGGACCAACAUCUUCUCCUACUUCCUGACCACCAAGCACGCCCUGAACCAGAUGCCGCGCGGCGGGAGCAUCAUCAACACGUCCUCCAUCAACGCCUACAAGGGCAACGCCACGCUGCUGGACUACACGGCCACCAAGGGCGCCAUCGUCGCCUUCACCAGGGCGCUGGCGCUGCAGCUCGCCGAGAAGGGGAUCCGGGUGAACGGCGUGGCGCCCGGACCGAUCUGGACGCCGCUCAUCCCGUCGUCGUUCCCAGAGGAGAAGGUGAAGCAGUUCGGGAGCGAGGUGCCCAUGAAGCGCGCCGGGCAGCCAGGCGAGGUCGCGCCCAGCUACGUCUUCCUCGCCAGCGAGCAGGACUCCUCCUACAUGUCCGGCCAGUUCCUCCAUGUCAACGGCGGUGCCAUCGUCAAUGGCUAAGAGCCCGGAGGUCAGAGAAGCUCGCGAAGAACAGGGGAAGAAGACGAUGUAGUCAGUGGUGUUUAGCUCUGUAUGAGCAAGUGUCAGUAGUCUUGAGUCUGAGUCAGUCGAUAGCCUCCUUCUGUUGGUGUGCUGUUCAGUAGGGGCUCUUGAGCCAUGGAUGAAUAAAAUGUGUUCAUGCAACACUAGCGAAUCUUGACUUC